UGCUCGGGAGGAAACGCUGCUGCUCCAGAGCUGGAGCAAUCCCCCCGCGCGAGCCGAGAGGAGGGAAGUCAGUCACCUGGCGGUGAAGGACAGUAAAACAGGGACGGAGAGGGAAAUCUCUGCCUCACUCUCCCUUCUCUUCUGCAAGAGAUCCACCUCCUGUUUUCCUCCCAACUCUUCCAGCAUAACCUUCAAAGAAGACCAUACCGAACAGACUUUCUUUUAUUAUAUAUAUGUGUGUGUAUAUAUACAUUACUAUUAUUAUUACUAUAGACUAUCUUUAGCUGCAAAACAAUUUUUGAGCCUAUGCAGGACUUGGGGGAUUUUGUUAUCUUGCCAGCGAAAUUGUUCAUCGCUAAUGUCUUGCGCUCACAGGGUGCUAAAUUAGCUACCAGACUACUCUGGUAGCAUGACGGAGAAAGGCUUUUAUCAUAGACUGUUCUCUUCAGUUUGAACACAUUUGCUUGAAAUUUGCUGCAUGAUGCUGUCCAGGGAAGAAGGAUUUUUUUCUCGGGAUACAGCGAUUCGCCGGUUUCUGAGCUUAUUGCAGAAGGAAAAAAAAUAAUCUUUAAACUGAGUGGAUUUUUUUUUUUUUUUGCUGUCUCCUUUAUUGCCAGAGGACGCGAAUCUCUUUCACCAGGGAAGGAUCACCUGUCGCUUUAAUCCUUAAGGGAGUUAUUUUUUAGAAAAAGUGAAAUAUCUUAUUUAUUUAUUUAUUUAUUUAUUUAUUUAAACCGGUGGAGGCGUGAUCGCGGAGAAUGAGACUGAGGGGAGCUGCCACGGUUUGGAGGACAAGGCUGAGUUUAGGCUGGAAACUGACAGACUAGAUUUCCCCCCUCCUCCCCCUUUUUUUAUCUCCCCCCCCCCCCCCCCCCCCCUUUGUUCCUCUUCAUUUUUUGGCACAACUUCCGUAGUUUCCAGCCCGCUCCGUUCAGUUUCGCUCUAUGGACAGAUCAGCUAACCUGGACACGGAGGAGCUCAAGGUAGGCGACCCGCCGGGUGCCGUCGCUGUGCUGGGGUUGGAUGCCUCGCUGCCCGCCCGGCCGCGGGGGCCGCACGGGGGGGGCGCUGCGCGGGGCUCCCGCAGCCCGGGCGGGGGGCGCGGAACCGGGCGCAGCCGCCCCGCGGCGGGGGAAGCGCGGGAGGGCGGCUGCCCCAGCCGAGCGCGGCUUCCCUUCUGCCGGCGCGGCCCACAGCAUCGUCAUGGCAGUAUUAAUAAUAAUAGUGGUGGUGAUGAUGGUACUGCCCGUGCGCUCUCGGCUUUGCAUGAGUACCGGGGGUAGCACCGGGGACAGCUGGAAUGAAGCGGCAACUGACCCGCGCCUUUCCCAGCAGAAGUUGGCUCUGAAGCCAUUCUGGCCUGGGUAUCUCCUCUUCUUCCUCUUUCUCCUCCCCUUGCCGCCGGGAGCGACGGGGAAACCCUUCCCCACCCCUCUACCCCCCCUCUCGGCUCGCCCCCCGCGCCGCGUCCGGUUCCCCCAGCCGAGCGAAGCUGAGGCAGCGGCGGUGGGAUGCCAAGCCGCCGGGCCGCGGCCCAGGGGCCGCUGGUACAAUCAAACUUUGCAUUAGGACGGUGCGAGCUGGGAGAAUUCUGCCCCCCCCGCGCCCCCCGGCCCAGCUCUGGCUCCCUCCCCGCUGAAGGAGCAUGCCUGAGAGCGCUGAGCAUGCUCCUUUGCGGAGACAGAGCCUUCCUACACCUGCUGCCAACCCUCCCGGCCCUGAGCGGAAUUUGGCUCAAAUCAUCAUCAUCAUCUCAUCAUCAUACUAAUGAUAAUAAUAUAAAUCUUUCUAUCAAUCUAUGCGCGGUAAAGAGGGUGGCUGGCUCAGGAAGGCAGCAGAAAGGGAGCGGGCGCAUGGGGCGAGCUCCGCGGGGCCGCUGAGCCGGAGUGAAACGCCGGCCGUGCCGGAGGGGCGGGACACACAUACACCUCGCCGCGGUGGCGGCGGAGGUAGCGCUAAAGAAGCGAUGACAGGGGCAGGGGAAGAUAGUCUUCCUUCGCCGCCGCAUGCACGGCCGUCCGCGGGACACCCCCUCAGGGCGCCGGCUUCCCCGGAGCCGAGGAGAAGGGCUCGCCUCUGGGAAGGUAAACUGGCGAGCGCUGAAGUGCUGCUGGGGGCUCCUUCCCUCUUCCUAUAAACCAGAUCUGAAAGUACUGAAUAACUGAAUAAAUAUAUUCAUUCCCGCCCCAGUCUUGCUCGGAACUUCUAACAAUCUCCCUAGGGAAAGGUACCCCGGACUGCAGCGCUGUUUGAGUAUUUGAGGUGACGGAAGCGCAGGAGAGGAAAGCCCAUAAAACGAUUUGCUUGGGAACCGCUGAUCCUCACAGCGCUUCCAGGGCUUCCCCGCCGCAAACGCUGCUUGCCUGCGCUGCCCAGGAGUCCUCUCCCUGCUGCCUCAGCCUUCACAGGAUUCACAGGAGACAGCUGUGAAUGCUGUGAAAUUCACAGCUGCGUGAAAGGCGAAAGACGAGAGUUCCGAUUAAGCGGGCGAAAAGUUUUAUUGUACCGGAUUAUUUUUAAGGGGUCUUUAAAGAAAAUAUGUUUAUGCUACAAGAGGGCAGCACUUCGCAUGAAUUAUCCGUAAAGCGUGAGGCAGUCUCGCUGUGAGAAGGGCAUCCAGCCUAGGCUGAAGAGCAGGGGGUUUCCAGUUACCCCGUAGUUAUCUGCGCUGCAAUUAGCACUCGUGUUGCAGCGUGUACAGGCUGAGCGACCUUGAGCAAGGAAGCAGCUGAGAAGUAAGCAUCGGCACUCUUCCGCUCAUAAGGAUGAGAGGAGCUUCCAAAGGGGGCAUUUCUGUUGGGGUCCGGUUAGCUCUCCGCUACCAGCCGCUUUGGCACGAUGCGCUCCCUGGCUUUCCCGGGUGUUUUAUUGAUGUGCGGCCGCUGGGAGUGAUCCCAGGCGCCGGCAGGCCGCCGCCGGAGCGGGAGGCGGCCCCAGCGGCCGGCAGGGGGUGGUGCGGGCCCGGCGGCGGGGAGCAGCUCCCGCCGGCACCGCGGGGCCUGCCGAGCCGCGGGGCGCAGCGGCUCUACGCGUCCCUCCGGCGGGCUGGGCUUUCCUCCCAGUGCGAGCCGUCCAGACACCCUGCCAGCUGCAGGAAUUCAAGGCGGGGGCAAAGCUCUUGGGGGACUAGGAAGUUCCCAGCUGGUGACCUUGCUGUAGUUGGGCACAGUUAAAGAGCGCCUCCCGCGCUGCUCCAAGUCGUGACAGCUUUCAGCAGUUUCUGGGUAGUUUCAGGAGGGGGCAAGUGCUCCACUCCUUUUCUCCUAGGCCGACACAGCUCCUUGCCAGGCCAAAGGGACAUUCAGGGCACACAGACAGGAGGCGGCCAGAGGUCCUGAGAUGUCGAGGGAACUGUUUCCCACACCACACUGCAUGGAGGGCUCAUGUCAAGAAUGUCAAAUAUGGUAGCAGCUUGUCGCAGCAGAGCUUGCUAAGAAUUUUGGAAACGGGCUGGACGCUCUCUUUCUUGGUACUGGAUUUCCUCCACUAUGACAAAUAUAUACGAGUAAGCAUUAAAAAAAAAUAUUGACAACUUCCCUACUAAUAAACAACAAAUGUGGUGUCUCUAAAGAAAAUAAUAAUAAUGGCACUGAAAACAUAUACUAUGUUAUAUAUAAAGCUUCUAUGCACCUCAAAUCAUUCAAAAUCUCUGUGUUAUUUAUUGCACUGAUUAUAGUGAAUUCUGAAUUAUUUGUGUUGAUAUUAGACAUUUUGAAAGGUGACUUUGUGAAAAGCUCAACAAGUAUCAUGUGUGCAACACCUGCUGAUGAAGAUGGGUGUGCUUUCCCUUUCUAGUCUGUGCAUAAAACCCUGAAGAAAGUAAUCCGUAUGGAAAACAGAGACUGCUCAUCCAGAGGUUUUGAACUGUUAUGGUUUUCCUUUGAUCUGUCUCAUCUCUCUCAGCUGCAUACAAGAACUUCCCUGUGACUUUUUAACUUGCAAGCCUGUGGGGUUUUUGUUUUAAAGGAGUAAUACACUAAAUAUUUCUAUCAUAAUUGCAUUUUAGUCUUGGGUUUAGUGUUGUGAAGGGCUUUCUGUUACCUAAUGUAUAUGCAAGUCUUUACCCACUUUUUGAACCUACAUUAAACUAUGUGGUUGUAUGAGUAUUAUGAAUUUUAUGGGACUCUGUAGUUUGUAUAUGUAUAUAAAAGAUGAUGAAUUAACUUAUUUUGAAUUUAGUGUAUUUAAAACUAUGUUGAGGCAUGUAAUUGCUUGAAAUUGAACAUAUUUGCAAAGAAGAGUAAGGAGGCAUUUGUGUUUGCUGGACCCUGUUGGCUUGUGAUUUGCAUUGACAUUGGAUGGAUUAUUACAGAUUUUGUCCUUCACAUUUGCUCAGACAUUUGACAUAUAAUUCCUCUAAUGUGUAUCACGUCUGUUUGUCUUAUGUUUGUUUAGCAACCACAAUUUGUGUACAGUGUUAGAGGGAGAUAGUACUCCUUGUAGCAUGUAAACCACUGAUACUUCUCUGGGAGAAAGUUGAUUUGUAAUUGAAUGUAUGAUAACAGUGAGAUUAUUAAUAUAAUGGAUUAGAAAACAUCCUAGAAGCUAUUUAUUACUUGAAGGCACUGGUUAAGUAAGAAUUCUUCAUUAAAAUCCCAAAAUGUUUGAUUAAUAGUGUGCUUAAGUGUCUUGAAAUUGCCACUUUUAAUAUGCAAAAGAAUUAGACACUUCAUUUCUGAAUCAUCUUGUAAAUAUUAGCUGAUUUUUUUUAUUCAGCUUAUGAGAAAUAUUUUUAGUCUGUUUGCAGUUUUUUACAUUUCCUGGUGGUAUAAAACUACUGACAUAACAUAGCAUGAAACUGGUCAUGGAAGAGGUUUUUGUGACAGUAGUCUUCCAAUGCAAUUAAUGUAAUUUGUAAAAUAUCUGAUAAAUUCAAACAAGGAAACCACAAAAAUUUAAGCAAGGGGUACUUUUAUAGUCUUAAACAUGUAAAUCACUUCAGUAUUAAGUGAACAGGAGAACUAAUACCCUGAGGAAUUCUGUAAUUUUUUUAUUUAUUUGUGUUUCAAAGAAGGAGCCGGAGAAGUUAAUGUGCUUGGUGUGGUGUGGGAGGACUUUUGAUGAGUUUCGGUAGGUGGUUUUAUUUCUGUUUAAAGUCAGUCACUCCAUAAUAGAAAGUGUAGUACUCUAAUAAAUGAAACAGACUUUCUUAAGAGGCUGUUGAGUGUUAUAAUGUCUUCUGCUUGGGACAUGGACAUCUUAGUGGGGAUAUUAAGGGAUUUGUCCUUUUAAUGCAAAACCUUCUCUCUCCUAUCCUUCUUUAGUACAUCCCUCCAAGAAACCUUCAUGGUUUACUAGGGUCCUUUCAGCAAUACUCAAUAAAGACAAUUAACCUUUGCAUUCACAGUCAAAGCAUUCAUCCUUUAAACCAUUCUUCAUGGAAGGUCAAGCUGAAAUGGUUUUAAAGUAAUAUACAUGCAAAUUUCUUUUCUCUGUGUUCCUAUUGUGGGAUUUCCUCUCCAUCUCUCAAUAUGUAUAAAGACUAGAUGUAGUUCAGGAAACUGGAGAGAAUUCUAUGCAUAAAAUAUAGUUGUUCAGCAGACAAAGAAAAAAGGUCAAGACAAUGGCAGUGCUCUUGCUAUACACUUUAGAAAUCAUUCCUGUACUCUCACUGCAGAGAAUCCAUAUAAUCUGUGACCAAGCUUUUUGACAUUGUACAUUACAGCUUUGCUAAGCUCAACACUCUCUAAAAGGAAAGUACAUCAAAAUCUGAAUGCUUGGGUAAAGGGAAAAAAGGACUUUGUCUUUCUUUUUUUCAUGGUUUUGCAAAAAAUAUUGUGUUUUCCUCUGCCACUGUAUUUUGCACUUAAAAAAUAGAUUAAAGAGAUUUACAUAAAGGUUAGCCACACAUUUCUUUCUUUCUGAACUGGAAGAUGUGUGAUGCUACUGUAAGUUGGGUUGUUUCUAUAGGUCUGGAUGUAAGAUUUGAAUGAAGAUUUGAAUGAUUUCAUAUAACUCAUAUAAUUCAUGGUAGAGCCUUUCAAAUAUAAAUCUGUAAUGUGAAGACACAUUUGUGAGUCCCAGGCCUGCUUUUGUACUACAUUCCUUAACCUUUGGGAGGUUGAUACUGUUUUCCCAUCUUCCUGAUAAGGCCAGGAGUAACAUUACUUAAAGUGUUAUGGCAAAAAUGUUACAAGAGAUAUUUCCUAUGAAAUCAUUUCACCUUGUGGUAUUUUAUAUAAAUUUUGUAAAUUCUUAUCUAACAUACUAUUUCUAUGUCCUCUAAAGAUACAGCAUUCCAAAGGACAAAGAUAAGGAUUCAAAUAAUAAUAAUACAAAAGGCACUCUGGGUUACGAAUAGACACUUUUCUUACUUUGACGUAGAAGUUCCCCAUAGGGAAAGUACUGUCAUUUUCUUCUCUCCUUCAAAGAAACCUGGAGAACACAGCUUAGAAGCUGUACUAUUUCCUUUAUUUUGAAACACUUUGUACAUUUAAAGAGCUUACAGAAAUGUUCUUAUGCCCUGUUGUACUUUUGACUGCAGCCAUGUAUAAUGCAUUGUAAAGCCAGAAUUACUUAGUCCAAGAAGGAAGACACAUUUAUCUGCUAAGCCAUCUGAUCCUUUGCUAAUUCUUAGAUAUUACAGGUUAACUCUUUGAUCCACAACAAAACCCUUCUUUGUGAAGAAAGAUGUUGUGAGGUUGCUAUCCACAAGCAGUGGGUUUUGUUCCUUGUCAUGGAAAGGAAUGACUGUUGGCUAAGCCACAACAGUGAGAGACACAAAAUGUGAGGCUUUAUUCUCAGCAGUAUUACUGCAGCUAAUCGCACAAGGCCAGAUUUACAGAGGUACUGAGUAAGUCAAAGCAAGCUUCUGGUGUUCAGCAACUUUAGUAAAUAAAAGUGUUCUUUCUGUACCUACCUUCUUAUACCUCUAGCUAACACAUUAAGGAGGAUUAUAUGAUAUAAACUCUGUGUAUUUGCAGUUGAAAAGUAAUAAAUGAGGGCACAGUAGCUUUUUCUGCAGUUUAAAAUUAGCAGUACUUUGUUGAAUCACUGCAGUUAUAUCGGCAGAAGCACAUCAGUGAUAUGCCUAAAAAUUGGUGCCAUAAGCAGUAGAAAGCCUUAGCCAUAAAAAUCUGGCCUUCAGCCAUAUAUCUCUGUUUUAGCAGUUCUAUUCAGUUCAUGUGGGCAGCAUGGUCUGGAAUUUAUAGGUUCUACCUUCCUGCUCCUACAACUCUUGAACAAAUUAUGUUAGUAAACAGAGGCUGCCUCUACUAAAAAAUCACAUCCCUUCCAUUUUGUAUUAAGGUAAUAGUUUAUUUAAUGGUAGCACAUAAAUUGAAAACAGAAUUAAUUUUAAUUUGUGCUUUCUAAAUGUAUUGUUCUUUGUACCAUUAUCAGGGUGGAGAGUACAAAUUGUUUGAUCAGAUCCACAAAAGCAUUUUUGUUAUUUUCACUCUUCAAGAUGGGGAUUGAUAAUACUUCAGCUUCUCAGUUGUGUAGGUCAUCUUCUACACAAAAUUGUUCAUUAGUUAUUUUGAGUGGGAUUCAAGAAAGGGGCAAAACUUCCUCACUUCCUGUUGAACACAAGCAGUGCAAUUGCCCAGGUACGCUGGGACCUGUAGUUGAGAAAGUAAUGCUGUAAGCCGCUGAAAUUACAGAAAGCAUUCUUUCCAAAUGAAGUUAAUUAGUAAUACUGAAUUUUAUUAUUUCUAGUUAAAGCUAGUCCACAUGCACAAAGCACUCUGUAAAGCUCUGCCCUUUAAGUGAAGACAAGUAAAUGAGCUGUGUUGAGGAAGGUUUCAUCUUUGUUCAACUUAGACUACUAUUUAACAAAUUUCCAGCGUAUGUGAAACAAAACUAAAAAUAAAGAAUCAAUAGAACCUUUGCUGCCUUUAUAAGCUAGUAACUUGCUGAACAUAGAUCAACAGAUGACAGAGAUUGAAAGGCAGUCUAAAGCUUCAUGAGCUACCUAUAAUAAAGGUGAGGAGAGCGAGUCCAAUUAAGCCUCAGAAUCUGGGUUUUACGUCACUUUCAAUUUAAAGCCUUUCAUUGGAAAAGGUGUUAAACCUGAGCUCAGGAAGGUGCUCAGCUGCAACACGUCCAGUCUGCCUGCUCUGUGGGGUCAGGGCUGGGCAGCCCUCUCUCCGCUCUGUCUUUCCUGAUUACUCUUGAGGCUUGGGUAAAAAGCUUGGUUUGGUUGUAGGUAGCUUUGGAAGUAGCCAAGCUAUUACUAAGUUCAAUAUGAGAGUUCCAAGUCCUGUUUGCCAGGAACAUUCAUUAUUUCCCUUAGGAACUGCUGCAGGGAAGGUGCCUACAGUGCAGCAGAGACUCUGUGCUGUAAAGGAAUCCACAGAGACCCCACUUCACCCACAAGACACGAAGCACUUCAGUUUUCCCUGGUCAUGCUGCUUAGGCAGAUCACACUAAUAGUGCAUUUGCUUGCAUAUUUACCCUCUGGACUAAGAGAAGUAUUUUAUGAUUUAUGCUGCUUUAGGGCCAUUGAUGUCCAUCCCCCAGAUAUACUGAAUUCUCCUGGGGACCCCAACGAGGGUGCUCAAAGGUCAUUUAUUUGCAAACCUGAGUUUAGCACACAAGAGUGGCCCCAGUGGCGUUCACAGAGGUACCAGUGAGUGUCUUCCUUUUUAUGUGAAUUCUUCUUUUUUUUUUUAUAACUAUUAGUUUAAACUACAUAUAUCUUAAACAAUAAAAAGAGACUGAAACUCUGCUUGGAGGGGUUGUUUCUGUUUUGAUUGAGCCAGUUUUCUGUAUUCAAAGUGAUUGCUUGGUCAUCCAUCCUGUGGAACUUUUAAGGAUGUGAAUUACAUUCCAUACAGAAAAUUCUGACAAGGUUCUAAGGCUUCAGGAGAUACAUAAGGAUUCAGUCUGUGCUUUUUUAUUUUCUUUUUUGGUAAUUUGUCUUGGCUAAUUCAGGAGUCUCCCUGCUGAGCAGGCUGGCUGUUGUAAAUCCCAUUCAUCACAUAAUAUAUGUGUGAGGAAGGAAGUUGAAUAAUCUAUGCCUCAAUAAAUAGCAGAGAGAAUUUCAGAAUGCAUUACAAACAGACUGGAAGUUUUUCCAAGAAGAUUACUUAGCCUUAAAGCUGAAACUCAUGGCAUCAUUUAUUACUAUAUAUAGUCUGAGAAUUAGCUCUGAAUAAGUACAAACUAGGAGACGCUCCCUAUAAAAAUCCAUUCCACCAAAAUGACACAAAAUCUUAAUCCUCUCAGAAGUUUAGAACAGUUCAGGCAAAAAAAAAAAAUCAACAAAACAACACCAUCACCACUACCACCACCAACAACAAAAAAAACCAAAGCAAAAAAAAAACCUGCAAAAAGCCACAAAACAAACAAAAAAACCAACAUCCCCCCCCCACACAAAAAAAUUUGGAUCAUGAUCCAUCUGUGGUUUUUUUAGGUUGAGUCAUCUCCAACAGAUGGUAAAUAACUCUGUAGAAAUCACUCAACUGAGUUACUCCAGUUUAUGGAGUUCCUAAGGCAUUUACCCUUACUCCUAAACUCUAAUACUCUUUGUCAGAACCUCAGUUCCCUCUGAAGGUUCUGACAGGUACCAGGACACAGGCUUGUGUGUAAUUAUGCAUUUUGAUACAGCUUGGUAAUAAUUGCCUUCCCUUUUAUUUUUUCUGAAACAAUAGGAUCUAGUCCUAGCACAAGACUGCCUAGCUGUGUCAAGCUUCAUAGGUUGCUGCAGAAAUAGCUGGCAACAAGCUGGUAUUGACUGUCACUUCCUGUAGGACUCGAGUUGACAUCUACUAUUACAGAUACACAUUAGUUUAGAAAUAUUCUAUGUGCCAUUUCCCAAUGAUUCCAGCAGUUUCUGAGCAGACGUGAGAUGAAUGCAAAAACCGUCCAUCAUAUAGACUCAUGUUCCCACUUAAUCUUCAUGCAGAUGAAAUUAUUCUUCUUUUUCAUCAAUGUUUUAUUAGAUUUUCCUGAAAAAGCUGGCAGAAGAAUAUAAUUCUUCAGAGACUAACAAGUUACUUUGAGUGUGCUGUUUCCCCAAUACUGGUACUGACAUUGUCAUUUCUGUCCAAGUUUUCAAACCCAGAGACUGGAAGUUCAGUUUACUCUGUGGCUGGAAAGAAGCCCUACUCUGUCCUGUAACAUGCAUUUGGAACAGGAAUGAAUACAGAUGACACGAGAGCAGUAUAUAUUAGCAACACAACAGAACAGCCUUCCAAGGACUGAACAUCCUCAGUUUUACCCAGUAGGGAUUUAUGGAUGGCGAAAGAGGUGCUUAUACUUCUUUGUCCUUCUGCUGUUGGUUACCAUGAUUGUUAAUUUAGCAAUGACAAUAUGGAUUUUGAAGGUUAUGAAUUUCACAGUGGAUGGAAUGGGAAAUUUGAGAGUCACUAAAAAAGGAAUACGACUUGAAGGAAUAUCUGAAUUUCUACUUCCACUAUAUGUGAAAGAAAUCCAUUCCCGAAAGGAUAGCCCACUGGUCUUACAGUCUGACAGAAAUGUAACAGUGAAUGCAAGAAAUCACAUGGGACAGUUAACUGGACAACUGACAGUAGGAGCUGAUGCUGUGGAAGCUCAGUGUAAGAGAUUUGAAGUGAGAGCAAGUGACAGUGGAAGAGUAUUGUUUUCUGCAGAUGAAGAUGAGAUUGUCAUUGGAGCCGACAGACUGAAAGUAACAGGCACGGAAGGGGCAGUGUUUGGGCACUCUGUGGAGACACCCCAUAUCAGAGCAGAACCUUCCCAAGAUCUCAAACUUGAAUCUCCUACUAGAUCUUUGGUGAUGGAAGCACCCAGGGGAGUGCAAGUCAACGCAGCUGCAGGAGACUUAAAGGCUACCUGUAGAAAAGAACUGCACUUACAGUCCACAGAAGGGGAGAUAUUUUUAAAUGCAGAUACAAUCCGCCUGGGAAAUCUACCAGUGGGGUCCUUUUCAUCCUCCUCCUCCUUCUCCUCCUCCUCACCCAGCUCUUCAGCUGCUCGCCAGACUAUCUAUGAGCUCUGCGCCUGUCCCAAUGUUCAGUUCGGUUUCCCUUGUGACAAGUCCGACGCUCCAAACGGCCUGCAGAGCAACUUCUUCCACUGUAAGCAGGAGGACAGCGCUGCCUUCUCUUGUGGUUUGUGCUGCCACUCAACACAGAGACGGGGGAGAGAGACCCAGCAAACAAUGUAUUCUUCAUCAGGAAACCUAGAACAUAAGAUCACCUUAUUUUCCAAAAGGGACAAUAACACAGGUGCCUUUGCUACUUGAAGUGAAGCACAUAGUUUUAGAUUUUUGCAGGACCUGGAUAUGAACUGCACAUAAAUAUAUAUCUAGAGAGACAGAGAGAGAGUACAUUAAUUUACCCAGAAUCUGAUGGUAACAUGAAUUGGUUCCCCCUGUAUGAUAAGUAACUUUACUGUCUGAAAGCACAAUUUUCCAUUCAUCUUUUUGGAAGUAAAAUUUUAUCCCUGAAUUUUAAAAUUUUAAAGCAUUGUGUGAUGCUUGCUUUACUAAAGAAAUUCAGUAAAUGGUUUUUAAUACAAAAAGAGACAGAAUUCCUCCCUGAGUUUGGUUUCUUUAAAAAUGUGUUGUUACUAUUUGUCUACAAAGUCUAGGGUUUUGUACACUAGGUAAAUUUUGGAAAUGCUCAGCAAUUUUCCUUUAAAAGUUGAAAAGACGUGCUCUUUGUCAGAUCUGAAUGACCUUAUAUAAUAUUUUUGUGGCCAUUGCAUGAGAAGCAAUUGCUUUAGGUAGAACUUACAGUUUCUAGAAAAGAAGAACAGGGUAAAGAAGGAAAUUCUGAUGAUAUGUUUGUUGAUCAGUGUAUUGCUCUUCACAAGGUUCUUCUAAUUGGCAAAUACAAAACCAAGGGAGAAAUCUUCAAAGGUACAUUUUGCCCAUUUUCUGUCUAUGUCUAUCUGCUGCCACUUGAACACAGCAUAAACAUUGGUAGUAAUGUAAUGUGUGGUGCUGAGAAGCAGUGCACUAACAACUUGUAUGACAUUCACAUUUAUUAUUCUCUUUUGUUUACCAUAUGUUGCUGGGGUUUCAAAGUAAUAGUAGUAUAUAUAAAACCACAUAUUAAAUGACUUCCGGUAUUAAAAAUUAUGUCAAUAUUACAUUACCUUUACCAGUUCUCUGUUUAAAUUAUGCAGCCACAUUUGCACUCAGAUCUCACUACUGACUUUGUUUUUUGUAAAGUUUCAUGUGGGAUUUCUUUCUUGUAUCAAUGUUCAUACUUAUUUGGCUUGAUUGUUGAUCGAAAUCUUAUAAAAAUGCUUUGGUAUACUUCUGGAAAAUUUGUCACAACAUUGAUUAACAAGAGCAUCUUGAAACUUGCAGAACCCAGGAAAGUAAAAUAAUAUUAAAAUGUUUCCUAUUGUGGAAGAUGGCUUGAUUGUAUGAGGUAAGUGUGCUUUUUAAUUCUAUUAUUUAAAUUACAUCACCUAGCUUGUAUUUUCAGAGGCUUCUGAAUUUAAGAUCACCAAUGAAAUGAGAGCUUUUGCAAAGUAGUUCUAAAGCCAGGGGAGAUGGUGCAAGGUGGGUAUUUCUACACACUUUUUAAAAAAUAUAUAUCUAGAGGAAAAAAAUUAAAACGAGCAAACUAAUAUGGUGAUUGCCUUGGCAUCUUGUUACCACCUAAUAAGAUUGACUUUGUUUUCAGUUCAGGUGAAAUUCACUCCUUUGCAGGAGACCAGAACAAGAUGUGUCAAUGACUUGACUGGUGCUUGCCUUACCAUUGGCCCUCUUCAGAGGUGUAAAUUUUACCGCAUAGCAAGAAUUCUAUAUUUGCUGGUUUUAACAGUUAAAUUAAGAUGUUGAAUUGAUUGUAUUAUGUCUUCAAAAGAAGUCUGUCAACAGCUGACUUGUCUAUUUGAGAUUUUUCUUCUUUGAAGGAAAUUAUGCUAGAAAAUAUUGCAAGAAAAUAUAUUAGAACAUGAGGAUUUUUCAGUUUGUAAGAGGGGCAAAAAGAAUUACAGAUGACAAAGAAGGUGACACUAAAACAUAAAAAAGUGUAGCCAUACAAUACACUCUUAUAACUGUAGGGAUAUAGAUGUCUUUUUCUUAUGCACACAAGUGAGACAGUCAUGAAUUUCAGGAGGAAAAGUAUAAAGAUAUGUAUGAGGACACAUCUAUGUGUAUUCAUUAUCUGUGCACACCUACAUACAGCCAUUGCUUAAAAGAUGAACAAAUAUCGUGACUAAUCUAUUUUGUGAAUUAAAAUGGGGCUUCCUACAAAUUGUACACAGGUCAGCUAAGGAGUUUUUUUUUCUCCUCAAAUAAACAUGCAGGAUGACUUGCAGAUACUUUGUCAUGAAUUUUCCACUAAAAAAAGUCCUAUUUGUUUGUUCUUCACCUUCUGAGAUAAUUUACCUGUUAUUUGUUUAAAAAAGGUCUCUGUUCACUGAAUGGAAGGACCUAACCUUAAUAAAUUUUACACCAACUUGGUUGAGAAUAGGCAGGCAGGAAGAAAACUCUUUUGUUACUAGAUUAAUUUUAACAGCAAGACUGAAAUAAUUUGCCACUUUGUAUGAAGAGAACUCAGAAGAGAUAUGUGGGUAGUACAUAGGACUCCAAUAAACCAACCCAGUAAGUUUACAUAGCUCUGCACUGUCAGAAUUUUCUUUAUUGGGGUCCCAUCAAUAUGAAGUAAAGCAUAUUUAAGAGCUUCAACAACCUAUGAGAUAGAAUAAAAAGUUCUCAUAAACUCUUAAUAUUCUGGUGAACUUCAUAAUAUUGAUAUCUUUCUUUAAAUCCAUUGAAAACUGUAAGAAGGGAAGAAAAAAGUUUGUAUUUUAAAAAGUAUUUCUAGCCCACAUGAUUUCAAGGAGUAUUUGAAAAGUGAUUUCAAUGCAUUAACCUAAACCAUAUACUAAAAACUUAAGAUGCCAUCCUUAUGACAGCAAGGAAAUAUCUGCAAAGACCUUAUUGGCUACAUGUAUUUAAUAUAUACAAUAGAUUUAUCUCCUGUAAAAAAAACAUUUGUGUCGUAUUAUAGGAUGCUGUCUCUUUCUUGUUAAAAAAAAGAAAAAAAAAAGAAAAAAAAAGAAGAGAAAAGUAAAAGCAUCAGCCAACCUCUCUGAGCACUGUCAGCUGUAUGGUUUGUAUUGCGGUUCAUUCAUUGGUUAAGUGUUAAGACCAAAGACAGACACUUCUAUUAUAUCCAACACUAUGACACUGCUGUUUCUACUAAUUCUGUUGGAAUGAAGAGAUGAAAAGUUGUAAUUACAACAUGAAAUGUAACAUAGUUUAGAUUUGUGCAGCAUUUUGAGCUGUAGAUUUUCACUUUUUUCCAGGGUUUAAAUUUUUUGUCAGUGUCUUGCAAUUACAUUACUAUUCAUGUAUAUGGGAGCUCUUUUGGUGUUCCUAAGAAAACAUACCAGGACAUUGCUUCUUUGAAAUGAGGUUAUACUGGUUAACUUGCAAAACUGGCUUGACUGGAUAAAAGAAUUCACUUUCAAGCAUUUUAGAUACAGAGGGUUGUUAAGUCUGGAAGAUAGAGCCAUAAAUGUCUAGAAGGAUUUAAUGAAGGAUGUUUGAAAUAUUUGGUUGCUAACAUAAUGUAUCUUUUAGGGGGUUUUUGUUUUAUUUGUUUGUUUUUCUUUGUUUUUAGAUUCCAAAUAAUUGCUAAAUAAAAAAAAAAUUAAAAACCCACAAA